CUCUGUCGCCGCACCACCAGCUGCGGCUCUGGGACCUGCGGAUCCAGCCGGGGCUGGGAGCCGCCCGGGGCAGGGCUCGAGAGAGCGGGCCCCACCAUGAGGCUCCAGCCCCUCGGGAGCCCCUGUGCUCCCCUGGCCCCGGGCUCACGGUGCUAGCCCCAGACAGAGCAAGGGCAGGCGCGGGGCCAUGGCCAGCCACGUGGACCUGCUCACAGAGCUGCAGCUGCUGGAGAAGGUGCCUACACUGGAGCGCCUGCGCGCAGCCCAGAAGCGCCGGGCUCAGCAGCUGAAGAAGUGGGCACAGUAUGAGCAGGACCUGCUUCAUCGCAAGCGCAAGCAUGAGCGGAAGCGUAGCACGGGUGGACGUCGCAAGAAGGUGUCCUUCGAGGCCAGUGUAGCGUUGCUGGAGGCCUCACUGAGGAAUGACGCUGAAGAAGUACGAUACUUCCUGAAGAACAAGGUCAGCCCUGAUUUGUGUAAUGAGGAUGGGCUCACAGCCUUGCACCAGUGCUGCAUUGACAACUUCGAAGAGAUUGUGAAACUGUUGCUCUCCCACGGUGCAAACGUGAACGCCAAGGACAACGAGUUGUGGACACCCUUGCACGCUGCAGCCACCUGCGGCCACAUCAACCUGGUGAAGAUCCUCGUUCAGUAUGGGGCUGACUUGCUUGCUGUCAACUCUGAUGGGAACAUGCCCUAUGACCUCUGCGAGGAUGAACCCACCCUGGAUGUCAUCGAGACCUGCAUGGCGUACCAAGGCAUCACCCAGGAGAAAAUCAAUGAGAUGCGAGCAGCUCCUGAGCAGAAGAUGAUUUCGGACAUCCACUGCAUGAUAGCAGCCGGCCAGGAUCUCGACUGGAUAGAUGGCCAGGGUGCCACACUGCUACACAUAGCUGGAGCCAAUGGAUACCUGCGGGCAGCCGAGCUCCUCCUGGACCACGGAGUGCGUGUGGACGUCAAGGAUUGGGAUGGCUGGGAGCCUCUGCAUGCAGCAGCCUUCUGGGGACAGAUGCCAAUGGCAGAGCUCUUGGUGUCCCAUGGAGCUAGUCUCAGUGCCAGGACAUCCAUGGAUGAGAUGCCAAUAGACUUGUGUGAGGAGGAGGAAUUCAAAGUCCUGCUGUUGGAGCUUAAACACAAGCAUGAUGUCAUCAUGAAGUCCCAGCUGAGACACAAGUCGUCCCUGAGCCGGAGGACAUCCAGUGCAGGCAGCCGUGGGAAGGUGGUGCGUCGAGCCAGCCUGUCAGACAGAACCAACCUAUACCGGAAAGAAUAUGAGGGAGAGGCCAUCUUGUGGCAGCAGCGGAGUGCAGCCGAGGACCAGCGUACUUCCACCUACAACGGAGACAUCAGGGAGACCAGGACAGACCAGGAGAACAAGGACCCGAACCCCAGGCUGGAGAAGCCCGUGCUGCUUUCAGAAUUCUCUACCAAGAUCUCCAGGGGAGAACUGGAUGGGCCUGUGGAGAAUGGCCUCCGGGCUCCUGUCAGCACCUACCAGUAUGCGCUGGCCAACGGGGACAUAUGGAAGAUGCACGAGAUGCCUGACUACAGCAUGGCCUAUGGCAACCCCGGCAUGGCUGAUGUCCCCCCACCCUGGAGCGGCUUCAAAGAGCAGAGCCCCCAGACGCUCCUGGAGCUGAAGAGGCAGAGGGCCGCAGCCAAGUUGCUCAGCCACCCGUUCUUAAGCACCCACCUGGGCAGCAGUGUGGCCAGGUCGGGGGAGGGCAGCAGCGAAGGCAAGGCCCCCUUGAUCGGAGGCAGAACUUCCCCCUACAGCAGCAACGGGACCUCGGUGUAUUAUACGGUCACCAGCGGAGAUCCCCCGCUCUUGAAGUUCAAGGCCCCCAUGGAGGAGAUGGAGGAGAAAGUUCACGGCUGCUGCCGGAUCUCCUAAUGUCUGUAAACUGGCUGAGAGAGCUGCCUCAGAGAGGGGUCCCCGGAAUCCAAAGCCAGUUCGACAGCCCUGGCUGGGGAGGUGUUGGGGCAGCCGGGGAGAGGUGGGGUCUGCUUUCCAGAGGAAUGCUGACCUUACCUCAUGCCCAGCUGCCCAUAGCAUCUCCACUUCCUCCCGUGCUGUUUCCUUGCCUCACUCAAUGCCUGCAUCUGAAGUAUAGUGGGCCAACUCACACUGCAGUCUGAUUUAGGGAGGGUGGGGUUGGGAUCUCAGUUCUGUGCUUGGUAAAGGCUUCUUAGACAAGGAAUAACAACACCCCUUCACACACAUGUGCACACACACACACACACACACACACACACACACACAGAAUCAAUUUAGUGUGUGAGAAUGCUACACCUGAGCUCUUGGGAUGCAGAUGGGGCUGAGAACUUGUGGGUUAUCCCCAGAAGAAUGAAUUCAGGACAGUCUUGGCACCACUACCAACUGGCUUCCACUGGGGAGAGGCCUGCUCAGUUGAGACCCACAGAUUCGAAGUCAUACCAGGCUGGGACACUAUCACACCUAGCAGAGACAGGAAGUCCUAUGGAUUCAUAGAAGCCAGGAGUCCAUAUGGAUCAGGUUUGUGGGUCCAGGCCUUCUCCCCAUAGCCUUGCUGAGAUCUGCUCUCGUGCACAUGUCAAUAGGAAGGUGGAGGACUAUUCAUGGGUCAAGCUGGAAAGUCAGGCCAUCCAUGCUUAGAAGAAACCAAAUCUUGUUUUGGUUUUCCCUUGGAAGCACAGGAGUUGGGUAGGGUCCAGUACAUUGAUGUUUUCCAAACUGUGUUUGGUAAAAGCCUUCUUUGAGGCUGUAAGAUUCCGGGUGGGAGGUAACCGAAUUUGCCUUCUCCCAAGACAGUGUCCCAGUUGGGUUUUAUUGUCUGGUAUUUGAGAAAUGAAUUUCAUCAGGAGCUUCUGGGAGGGGGGCUUCCAGGGAAAGGUGCCCACACUGCUGAGAACACCAUGGUUAACGUUGAUAUGACACAGCAUCCUAGCUGGUCUUUGUGGUUUUCAUGCUGUUUUGGUCCAGUCCACUUCAGCCUGCCUUCCUCAGCCUGAGCCAUCACCUGGAGCAGUUGAGACUUGCUUGCACCCUACCCUCCCACCUUACACGGUUGAGUCUGCAGAGUGAAUGCUCAGGCCCAGGUCCCUCCUAGCUUUGCCUUUUCUGUAAUGCUAUGUAAGACGUGUUUGCCAAGCGUCGGCUCUCACCAGGAGGUCUGAAGGCUCUCAGCCUGCUUUUCCUGGAGUGGUUAUGCCCAAAGCUGCAAACUGAGGUGCCCAUGGCCACUGUCCUGUGCUGCCUUCAGGAGAGCACAGCAUGGCUGGAGUUGGCUAUCAUCCCAGCUAUACAGCUUUGCUGCCCUUGUCUUCCUGAUGCUGGGGAAGGAAGGCCACACCACGUCACGACCACAGUUUCCCAUGAACCCAGUGAAAUUCUGCUCCAUACUUUGAGUGCCAACACACUGGCUCCACCGAAAUCUUCUGGCAUCACUGGCAAGCUACGAAUUUGUUCCUUGCUCUGUGCUCUUUUUAUUUGUCCUCAAACUACCUCCUUAGAGCCCCGAGAGGGUCCCUAUGUCACUCGGAUGUAUGGGACAGAUGCCCACAUCUUUAUGGCCUCCCAGUGCCACACCCUUAGUGGUUCGGCCUGCCAUUUGUUGGUCUCUGUCUCCACUGUGGCCUUAGGACCGCAGUAGACUAGAGAUGAAUCGGGACCUGACUAAAUUGGGCAGAGGCUUUAUUAGAACCAGGAGUAGUGUGGGCCCAAGAGCACCCUGGAGGCUGCUAGAUGCAGAAGGAGGUGCACAACACUAGGUCAUCCCCACCCCAACUUCAGGACAGAUGGGAUCUGGCACAGUGAUGUAAUAUAAUAUAACAUAACAUAGACUAAAGACAGUUUAUUGAAUCCCUGGGGCCUCGGCUAGGCUCUGCAGCCCAUGGCUGAAAGAGGAGGUGAUAAAAACACACACCUGUGGCUUUAGACUUUUAUCUCUGACAGACACUGAAAUGCCUCUGGAGAUGACUUUAGCCACAAGGUGGCCAGUCGGCCCGGCAGCCAGCCAUGUACUCCUAGGAGUCAGCUGCCCAGGGUUUCUGAGCCCUUUGCGCAGGGGCCAGAGAACAAAGGUAUUUAUUGCCUUCUCUGAGCUGUUCAGGCCAUUUCUCCUCCACAGCCAGCACUUCUUCCUGCCUCCUGGGCCAUUCUUCUCUACCUGAGGGGUAGGAGACUCAGCUGCCUCCUCCACGGGAGCUAAUACCAGACAGUGUGGAUUCAUGGGCUUUUGUUCACGGUUUCCACCAGGGAUAAACAAAUGUUCCCUGUUUAGGCUCCAAGUCCCCAGGGCACUUUGUGACUCUUUGGAAUAUUGAGAGGCCCAGUGAGGAACAAUCUCCAGUGCGUGAGCCAGGGCCACCCACCCAUUCACUCAUGUGAUCUAUUGAGGUGCGGAGACACACCAGAUGUUCGUUUUGGCGGAUAAUGGACUAGCCGGGCAGCGAAGACUUUGAUUUCUUGAAGACCGUGGGCAUCCCUAGACUCGUCCAUGAUUCUAAUCAGAGUGCCUCCAUCCCAGACCAGUGCCCCCAUGCUCUGCAGCACCUGCAGCUCUUAGAGUGUGAGUCUCUUGAGCUGGGACAUAGCUCUAUGGCUACACCUAGAUAACAUUUGCCACUAAGUGCAGAGGCUAGAUCUCAGGUACCAGGCAGACACUGUACUGGUCCAUCUAGAGCCUUCAGAGAUAGCCUUCAGGCCAGCAUCUAUAGAGAACAAUAUAACAGCAGUCUAAGGUCAGUGCCCGGAAGAACCAGAAGUCUGCAAUUUGCUGUCAAAUACAUCCCUAGCAUUUACAGUCCU